GUAGUAUUGCAAAAUAAAAGUGGUGACAGUAUAAUUUCAAAAGUAUCCAGGGGGUGUAAAUGUAAUUUUCAUUUCCAAUCCUAGUUUUACAAUUCUUCAUUCGUUGCCAAACAGCCUUUAAUUUAAUUUUAUAUACUCCAGACAAAACCAGACCACACCAAAACAAACCAAACCAAACCAAAUCAUAUUAUUUCCAAUCCCAGUUCGUUUCCUUUUCUCACUAAAAAUCUCUUCUUUCAAGAAAUUCAAGAACCAAAUCAAAAAAUCCCCAACAGAGCAACACUCACAGAAAGAUGGUGAAAGUUCGUAUGAACACGGCCGAUGUGGCCGCCGAGGUCAAGUGCUUGCGUCGUUUAAUCGGAAUGCGUUGUUCCAACGUCUAUGAUCUCUCUCCCAAGACUUAUGUAUUCAAGCUUAUGAAUAGUAGUGGAGUUACUGAAUCUGGGGAGAGCGAGAAGGUCUUGUUGUUGAUGGAAAGUGGUGUGAGAUUGCAUACAACUGCUUAUGUUCGAGAUAAAAGCAAUACUCCUUCUGGGUUUACUCUCAAAUUGAGGAAGCACAUACGGACGAGGAGGCUUGAGGAUGUGCGGCAGCUUGGAUAUGAUAGGAUAAUACUCUUCCAAUUUGGACUGGGUGCUAAUGCACAUUAUGUUAUAUUGGAGUUGUAUGCCCAAGGAAAUAUUCUCCUCACAGACUCUGAGUUCAUGGUCUUGACUCUUCUUCGGUCGCACAGGGAUGAUGAUAAGGGGUUUGCAAUCAUGUCGCGUCAUCGUUAUCCAAUUGAAAUUUGUCGAGUUUUUGAGCGGACUACCAUUGCAAAGUUGCAGGAAGCCCUUGCAUCUUUGAAAGAAGUUGAUAGCAAUGACAAUGCUAGGAGUGAUGAAGGUGGAACUAAUGAUACUGAUGUACCCAAAGGAAAGCAAGGGAAUCGCAAAAAUGGGAAGUUAUCAGAGUCUAAUAAAACUCCAAAUGAUGGUGCCCGUGCCAAGCAAGCCAUGUUGAAGUCUUUUCUUGGGGAAGCAUUAGGUUAUGGGCCUCAAUUGUCUGAACAUAUUAUUCUAGAUGCUGGUCUGGUUCCAAAUACAAAAAUUGGCAAGGAUUUCAAAUUAGAUGAAGCUACAUGUCAAGUUCUGGCCCAAGCUGUUGCUAAGUUUGAGGACUGGUUAGAGGACAUUAUAUCCGGUGAUAGAAUUCCAGAAGGCUACAUCUUGAUGCUUCAAAAGAAUUCUGACCAGAUUUAUGAUGAAUUUUGCCCCCUAUUACUGAACCAGUUCAAGUCAAGGGAUUCUGUUAAGUUUGAGACAUUUGAUGCAUCUUUGGAUGAGUUCUACAGUAAAAUUGAGAGUCAAAGGGUUGAACAACAGCAGAAAACUAAAGAGGGCUCUGCAAUGCAGAAACUUAGCAAAAUUCGAAUGGAUCAGGAAAAUCGUGUGCAUACACUGAAGAAAGAAGUUGAUCGUUGUGUUACAAUGGCGGAACUGAUAGAAUAUAACUUAGACGAUGUUGAUUCUGCCAUCUUGGCUGUUCGUGUAGCUCUUGCAAAUGGUAUGAACUGGGAAGAUCUAGCUCGUAUGGUGAAAGAGGAGAGGAAAUCUGGAAAUCCUGUGGCCAGCCUCAUCGACAAACUUUAUCUUGAAAGAAAUUGCAUGACACUGCUUUUGAGCAACAAUCUUGAUGAAAUGGAUGAUGAUGAAAAGACACAACCUGUAGAAAAGGUAGAAGUUGAUCUGGCACUCUCAGCCCAUGCCAAUGCUCGAAGGUGGUAUGAACAGAAGAAAAAGCAGGAGAGCAAACAGGAAAAGACUAUUACUGCUCAUGACAAAGCCUUCAAAGCUGCCGAGAGAAAGACCCGGCUCCAGCUUUCACAGGAGAAAACUGUUGCUGCAAUUUCACAUAUGCGCAAGGUUCACUGGUUUGAGAAAUUUAAUUGGUUCAUCAGCAGUGAGAAUUAUUUGGUUAUCAGCGGACGAGAUGCUCAACAAAAUGAGAUGAUAGUAAAGCGUUAUAUGUCAAAAGGAGAUCUGUAUGUCCAUGCCGAGCUCCAUGGAGCUUCUAGCACUGUGAUCAAGAAUCACAAGCCUGAACACCCUGUACCCCCUCUCACUUUGAACCAAACAGGAUGUUUUACUGUUUGCCACAGCCAGGCAUGGGAUUCAAAGAUUGUCACUAGUGCCUGGUGGGUAUAUCCUCACCAGGUCAGCAAAACUGCUCCUACUGGGGAAUAUCUUACAGUAGGAAGUUUCAUGAUCCGUGGGAAGAAGAACUUUCUUCCUCCACAGCCUCUUAUAAUGGGCUUUGGGAUAUUGUUUCGCUUGGAUGACAGUUCCUUGGGAUCUCAUUUGAAUGAAAGGAGGGUAAGAGGUGAGGAGGAAGGGAUAAAUGAUGUAGAAGAAACUGGGCCUUUUAAAGAAAUAUCUGAUUCUGACUCAGAGAAGGAAGUCGCAGAUGAAAAACAUAUGUUAGAGUCAGAAAGCAUCACAGAUUCAUUAACUGAUCAUAGCAAACCUGUUUCUGGAGGUUUGUCUUCUGAGGUUAGCUCUGGUAAUGCCUUGAGUUCCCCUGACAUUAAAGCUAUCAAUUCAGAUGAAGUUCUUGUUGAAGAUAUGUCUACUUUUAAUGGUUUUGACAAAAAGAACGUUACUGAAAUUGUUGGAGAAAGCGUUGCUUCUGUCUCCCCACAACUUGAGGAUCUCAUUGAUAGAGCUCUUGAGAUUGGAGCUGCUACUGCAUCUGGUAAAGAUUAUGGGCUCCAUGCUCCUCAAGUACGUUCGGCAGAGGAACGUAAUAAUGAAGAAAAAAGGCCACCUGUAAGGGAGAAACCGUAUGUCUCAAAAGCUGAAAGAAGAAAGCUCAAGAAAGGUCAGAAGAAUAGUACCAUGGGAGCAAAUGUUGAGCAUGAAAAAGAAGAGGUAGAAGAUAACAGUAGUACGGCAAGUCAGCCUGAUAAAAAUGUUCAAAAUUUGAAGCCAGGUGGUGGUGGAAAAGUCAGUCGUGGGCAGAGGAGCAAACUCAAGAAGAUGAAGGAGAAGUAUGCGGAUCAAGAUGAAGAAGAAAGGAAAAUUCGUAUGGCUUUACUGGCUUCUGCUGGAAAAGUGGAAAAGAAUGAUAAGGACUCGCAGGAUGAAAAAGCCACCACAGGAAAAGCCAAUACACCUGCUGUGGGCGCAGAAGAUGCUCAAAAAAUAUGUUAUAAAUGUAAAAAGCCAGGUCAUCUGUCUCGGGAUUGCCAAGAACGUCCUGAUGAAGCAGUGCAUGGUCAUUCAAAUGGUGGACUCGAGGAUAAUCCCCAUGCCGGUUUGAGUAAUACUGCUAAUGAGAUGGACAAGAUAGCCAUGGAGGAAGAUGAUAUCCAUGAGAUAGGUGAAGAUGAGAGAGAAAAAUUAAAUGAUGUGGAUUACUUGACUGGGAAUCCACUGCCUAAUGAUAUCCUCUUAUAUGCCGUGCCUGUCUGUGGUCCUUAUAGUGCCCUACAAUCAUAUAAAUAUCGUGUGAAGAUUGUUCCUGGAACUGCAAAGAAAGGAAAAGCUGCAAAAAUGGCUAUGAACUUGUUCAGUCACAUUCCAGAAGUGACAAAUAGAGAGAAGGAAUUGAUGAAGGCAUGUACAGAUCCAGAGCUUGUCGCUGCGAUAGUUGGAAAUGUGAAAAUCACAGCAGCAGGACUUACUCAGUUGAAGCAAAAGCAAAAGAAAGGCAAGAAGACCAACAAAGAAGGAAGUUAGGUUUAUCUCAUUCAGGAUUCAAAGCAAAGUUUUUCACUGACUAGGCUGCAUCCAUAUGACAAUUGUGAGAGAGUGAUAUUUGGUUUCUCUGAGUGGCGGUCUUUACUUGUAAUCAUGCCUUCCAUGGAAGGAAUGUGUUGAUAGGUAAAAGUUUUGUCGAUAUACAUGCUGUAAGAAAAAUUGUGACAGGAAACUUUUCUUUUGAAAUCACAUCACUUUUAGGGCUAUUGUGAAGUAACUGUAUGACUUGACCUUCAAUGGUGUAGAAAGAUGAUUGAAUUUUUUUUCCCAGGUUAUUUUUUCCUCCUUUCUGCA